AUGACUGGUAGUACACCAACACUAUUCGCACCAAUUAUGAGUGAAACUGUUAUCCGGGAUGCUGUGGUAGAUCAGUCUUAUCUUGCCACCUCAUCUCAUCAGUAUUUACAGUUUAACGGAUCAUUAUCCGAAAUUCACGAUCAUCCUAAAUCUGAAAUUUCUGGCAGUCGAAAAAGUUGCCGUAAUCGAAUUAAUAUUUUGCAUUUACUACGUCGACAAUUGACCAAAAUUGCAUCACAUAAUUUUUAUGCAACACAACAACGAAAUAAGCAAUCGAAAAUACGCCAUAGCAUAAGUGAUGAUAAUGAAAUGAAGCAAAUGUUAAAAUGUAAUGGUUCGGAUGAUGCUAAUUUAUAUCAUCAUAACGAAAAUAAUUCUGACCGAUCUGAAAAAGUGUAUCAUGAUCGCGAAAACGACGAAAGCAAUCGUUUUCAAUCGACACCAGCUGUUUAUCAGGAUCCGUACUGUGCAGUAGCUGUUGAUCGAAAAGUUCACAUUUAUGGAUAUUAUGUACAGAGCGAUCAGUUUAUCAAUUCAAAUUGUUACUAUAACACGCAAAGCACAAGAACUGUUUAUACAAAUGAUAUUGGCGCAGUUUUUCAUACUGAUAAUGAAGGACAAUUAACGGGCAACAUUUGCCGAUCAUGGGGACUUUCGCGGAAUUCCGUUUGGUGGGCGGCUGAUCCACAAAGAAGCGAUCCCGGAAAAAAGAUGUGCUUGGUUGCUUUACAGUUGAAAGACCAUCCAAUUCUAAUCGGUUUUACCGUUAUCAAAUUGGCCGCUUUCAUAAAUGCCCUAAAAAUCUGUGGUCUUAACGAGGAUUGCGAAUUCAUUUCUUCAUUACCCACAAUAAUAGAAUCCAGUGUUUCAGGAAUCAGUGAAAGGUCUAAAAUGUUACUGCAGCAUCAAACUCAGACUAUCGGUUUUGCUGCUUUCCAGGACAAUAUGGACGAGAAUUCCAAACGAAUGCUUGAACCGGUGCCCAUCAUUAAACUACACAAUUUAAAACAGGUAUCGAGGCCGGUAACCGAAAUGGGUAUCGGGGCCCAAAGGCGAGUAGAGAAUCAAAGAUAUAAAGGUGGAAGGUUCAGUUUGACGGAGAAAAUCCGAGACAAUGCAAAAAAUGCAGAGCUUGCAAAAGCUUAG